AAACGGAAGGUGGCUGUCGUCCGAGUCGAAGCAGGUUUGAAACUGGGAGUUGGGCUUGGCCCUCGUUGUCUGUCGCUCCGGGACCUCUUCCGGGCUAGGCCGUCACUGCCCGCCCCCGCCCCGCCUCCCUUCGGACACCUGGGUUCCAGGCCAGGCUCCCUUCCCGAUUGGCGCCCCCGCCCUCCGCAGCCCGCUGCCGUCCCGGUCCGCACUGCGGCUCCGCCGCCGCCACCAUGUCCCUGCACGGCAAACGGAAGGAGAUCUACAAGUAUGAAGCGCCCUGGACCGUCUACGCCAUGAACUGGAGCGUGCGGCCCGACAAGCGCUUUCGCCUGGCGCUGGGCAGCUUCGUGGAGGAGUACAACAACAAGGUCCAGCUUGUUGGUUUAGACGAAGAGAGUUCGGAGUUUAUUUGCCGGAACACCUUCGACCAUCCGUACCCCACCACAAAGCUCAUGUGGAUCCCUGACACAAAAGGCGUCUAUCCAGACCUGCUGGCGACGAGUGGCGACUAUCUCCGCGUGUGGAGGGUUGGUGAAACAGAGACCAGGCUGGAAUGUUUGCUAAACAAUAACAAGAACUCGGAUUUCUGUGCUCCUCUGACCUCCUUUGACUGGAAUGAGGUGGAUCCUUAUCUUUUAGGUACCUCCAGCAUUGACACGACAUGUACCAUAUGGGGACUGGAGACCGGGCAGGUGUUGGGGCGAGUGAAUCUUGUGUCCGGCCAUGUGAAGACCCAGCUGAUUGCCCAUGACAAAGAGGUCUAUGAUAUUGCAUUUAGCCGGGCCGGGGGUGGCAGGGACAUGUUUGCCUCUGUGGGUGCUGAUGGCUCGGUGCGGAUGUUUGACCUCCGUCAUCUAGAACACAGCACCAUCAUUUACGAAGACCCACAGCAUCACCCACUGCUUCGUCUCUGCUGGAACAAGCAGGACCCCAACUACCUAGCCACCAUGGCCAUGGAUGGAAUGGAGGUAGUGAUUCUGGACGUUCGAGUUCCCUGCACGCCUGUCGCCAGGUUAAACAACCACCGAGCAUGUGUCAAUGGCAUUGCUUGGGCCCCACAUUCAUCCUGCCACAUCUGUACUGCAGCGGAUGACCAUCAGGCCCUCAUCUGGGACAUCCAACAAAUGCCCCGGGCCAUCGAGGACCCUAUCCUGGCCUACACAGCCGAGGGAGAGAUCAACAACGUGCAGUGGGCGUCGACUCAGCCCGACUGGAUUGCCAUCUGCUACAACAACUGCCUGGAGAUACUCAGAGUGUAGUGUCGGUGGCGCCGUGCCCACGAGGCAGGGGCUUGUGUGUUUCCCACCUCUGUCCCACCCCCAAAGUAAGAAGAAACAUGUUUCCGGUGGCCAGUACGUCUUUCAUUGCUUUGCACCCACUGUUCCCAGAAGCUGCUCUAGGAGUUCCCGGCCAGUCACCCCACUGUUCUCUGGGCCGGACUCAGUGCCAUGUGGCGCCUCCUCAGCCCAAGGCUGAGUUUUAAGAUUUUCUCUCUUUUCCUCAUGUCCUUUGGUUCCUCAAUUAAAAAUUUCUGCAUA